UAGGCGAGGUUAUGACGCUCGACACGCGGAAACUGUUUACCUUGGUAGCGGUUGAUCGAGGUUUAGCCGCUAAUCGAGAACAAAAUCAACCAGAGUUGUGUUACUUUUAGCUCAAAAUCGAGUAUUUUUUAAAUAUAGUUUUCCACAAUGGGGAAAGCAGAUUUUCUUUCUCCCAAAGCGAUAAGCAACCGGAUAAAAUCCAAAGGUCUGCAGAAGUUGAGGUGGUAUUGUCAGAUGUGUCAGAAACAGUGUCGAGAUGAGAAUGGCUUCAAGUGUCACUGCAUGUCCGAGUCCCACCAGAGGCAGCUGCUGCUGGCCUCAGAGAAUCCCACCAAGUUCAUGGACUACUUCUCUGAUGAGUUCAAAAGCGACUUUCUGGAGCUGCUCAGUCGACGAUUUGGGACCAAGCGAGUGCACAACAACAUUGUGUACAACGAGUACAUCAGCCACCGCGAGCACGUCCAUAUGAACUCCACACAGUGGGAGACGCUCACCGACUUCACCAAGUGGCUUGGCAGGGAGGGUUUGUGCAAAGUUGACGAGACCCCUAAAGGCUGGUACAUCCAGUACAUCGACCGCGACCCGGAGACCAUCCGGCGCCAGGAGGAGCAGGCCAGGAAGAAGAAGCAGGAUCUGGACGAUGAGGAGCGAACCGCCAAGUUCAUCGAGGAGCAGGUCCGACGGGGCCGUGACGGAAAGGAGACCGAAGAAACUUCGGUUUUCACAGAGCUCAAACGUGAGAGUGAAGAAGAGAAAGUUGCUUUCAACCUGGGAGCCUCUUCCUCUGUCGCUGGUCCCUCCAGGUCAAGUUCGGUUCUCGGUGCCAGUGCUCUGAAAGCAGCUUCAUCCUCGGUGAAAAGAAAAGACACGUCCUCUGACGCCAGAGGGGAGAAGAAGAAGAAAUCCGCUCUGGAGGAGAUCAUCGAGAUGGAGGAGAAGAAGAAGCAGAAGUCGGUCAGAACUGAUUACUGGCUGCAGCCCAACAUCAUAGUCAAAGUCAUCACCAAGAAACUGGGAGAGAAAUACCACAAGAAGAAGGCCGUCGUCAUGGAGGUGCGAGACAAAUACGGAGCAGUGGUGAAAAUGAUCGACUCCGGAGACAAACUGAAACUGGACCAGAAUCACUUGGAGACGGUGAUACCUGCACCAGGUAAACGCGUUUUGAUCCUGAACGAUCAGUACAGAGACCUGGAGGCUGUGCUGGAGGGGAUCGAUGAGAAAAACUUCAGCGCUACACUCACACUGGACUCAGGUCAGCAGAAGGGGAAGAGAGUGGACGUCGCCUACGAGGAUUUCUCCAAACUGGCCUGAACAAACAGACUUCCAGGUUAAAACCUCAGGUUGCUUUUUUUUGGCUGAGGGACUCUACUGUGUCAGAGUUAAUUCCCCAAGACUCACCUGUACAUACACAUAUCCCACAAUGCACCUGUCUAAGGAACCACAGAGACUUGGAGCAAUGUGUUUGGUUUGUUUCCUUUUAUUGUGUAUUAAUAUUCAAGUCGAUCUCUACAUUGCAAAUGUAAAUUUUGUCCAAAUAAAUCUGAUAAAAUGAA